AUGGCGGCGGGCGGGCGGCGGCGGCAGCUCCCGGCCUGGAUGGGGGCGGCGGGGGCCGAGCGGACGGCGGCGGCCCCGCGUCCCCGGGCCGGGCGGCGGGCGGCGGGGCGCAGGCCGGCGGCGGUGUACUGCAUGAACGAGGCGGAGCUGGUGGAGGUGGCCCUGGCGGUCCUGGCCGAGGACCUACAGUGCGAGGAGGAUGAAGAGAAGGCCCGGUCCCGGAGCGAAGAGGAGCAGGAGCUCCCACCCACACCAAACAAGGCUCCUAGAAGCAGGGCCAGCACGGAUGGAGGCAGUGACCGCAGUCCGGCGCUUCCAUCCCCUCCUGGCGCUGGUGCUGUCGCAGAGAGGACAGCCGGGGAGGACUCUGAGGACGAUGCCCUGAAAUACGUCAGGGAGAUCUUUUUCAGCUAACAUCUUCUCUCUUGACUUCCCAGGAGAAGAGGGCACCAUGGGGAGGGUGUUUCCUGCAGCCCUGAGGACGGUGGCCGGAGGGCCUGCAGGGGCUGUGCUCCAUCUGCUGUGUUGGUGCCCUGUGCGGGACACCCAUGGAGGCCAGGGGGAGAGGAAGGAGGUACUCAGUUCUCCUGCUCUGUGCUGAGCUCAGUGUGAUUUGGUUCCAAAACAGGAUGUGUUAGUUUCUGUUUCACGUUUCAGGGCACGGACAGAUUAAAGGAGGACGUUGAGGUUUC